CUCAAAUAUAAUUCUCAGGUCAUUUCGUUUCUUGCUCCCCAUCCCACAAGUAUUGGGUCUGUGAAAACGUAGUCAUUACUCAUUAGAGAGAAGAUCCGAUUCAUCGCAAUGGAUGCAAAUCUUUUAAAAUACAAAGAGAUCUUGGCCCUGAGUUGGGUCGAUAGUAGAUUGAUGAGAGUGUUCUUUUAUCAACUCCAUGGAGUUACUAACAUAGGCUACCUUCUUUUUCUACUGUACAAUUUGUUUUGGCACCAGACCUGGGACAAGGGCAACUCUGGAGCCAAAAUCCCAGGGAUCAGAGGCAGAAGCUCUUCUAAAAAGUGGGUGGUGGAGUGACUAUCCAGUUAAAUCUGCACAUCAUUGCAGCUGGCCUGGUUUAACAUGCGACGGUAUUGGUAAGUUCUAUUUUUUGAAAAAAUUAGUAAUUUGUGCAUAAUUUUGUUGAAGAACUUUGUUGGAGUUGCGGUGUUCAAGCUGCCAAAGUAGCAGCAAAUGAAAUUGAAGGGCUGCACAAAAUGGCAGCAAAUGAAGAAGGGAGAGCUGCACCAAAGCAUGGUAGCAGCGAAGUGUAGGAAGCUAUGCUGCAAAUGUUGAUGAAAUGAAGAUGAAAUGAGACUGUAAUGAAAUGCAAGUGAAAGGCUGCAAAGUAGCAGCAAGUACAGCCACAUGGAGCCGCACAAGAUGGCAGAAAAUCUUCUUAAUGUAAUCUUGCUUUUAAAUGUUAGAUUUUCUUGUAUUAGAUAAAUAUUAGUAAGAAAA